UGUGUUGCAUUUUGUGCAUACGCGCGUUUCGCGUCUACCGCUCGAGUUGGAAAAAUCUGAACUCCAGCGUCAAAUCACGCCGCGACAACCAAUAAGGAGCCUGGUGAUGUGGCUCUGACCUAGGUCAAAGGGGCAGAUCCAGCCAAAGCCCUUCAUUCUUCAUUCAGUAUGGAGGAAAAGCUCAUCACUGCCGUGGCUAAUCACCCAGAGCUGUAUGAUGCCAGCUGCUACUUCUACCGAGACAGGAAUAAAAAGUACCUAGCUUGGAGGCACAUAAGUGAGGAGAUCGGGCAACCUGAGGACAUCUGCAGGAGAAAGUGGAAGAGCCUCAGGGACACGUAUAAUAAGGAGAAGAGGACAGAGAAGGAGAAGAGGAGUGGGUCUGCAGCGGGAUCGGGGAAGCGAUGGAAGUUCUUCGCGGUCAUGGGGUUUCUGGACCCCUUCCUCACCCCGCGGGAGACUAGCGGCAAUAUGGUGCGGACCGUGGAGAACGUCCCCCCCCGAUGA